AUGAUUAUAGGUUUAUUACCAAGUGCAUUAGCUAUUAUUCCAGCUAGUGGUAUUGAUCUUGCAUUAUAUGAAACAUUAAAACGACGUAUAGAAGCUUAUCAAGGUUAUACAACAAAUCCAAUAGAAAAAUUAAUUGUUGGCAAUAUAUCAAAUAGUAUUAGUCAAUUUUUUAUUUAUCCAUUAUUAAAUGUUCGAACACGACUUCAAUCAAAUAUUGGUCAAUCUGAGACAAUGACUAAAAUUUUAAAACGUCUAUGGUUACAUCAUGGAUUAAGAGGUCUUUAUAAUGGAUUUUCAUUACAUAUGUUACGUUUGGCACCAUCUAGUGGAAUAUCAUUUCUAACUUUUGAAUAUGCUAGUAAAUUAUUAGGAGCUAAAGCUUUAUAG